UAAAGGCCUCUGAGAAGCCAAUCACGUUAAAAUCACUAAUUGAAACUUCUUCCUUUUAAAACUUUUUUAUAAAAUGCCCAAUUUGUAGUUCUUUGUACUUCCAAAGCUUACAGAGUGUCGUUACUACCCGCAUGAAGCCGGGUUGAUAGUCUGGUAACGAUUUACAUCUAGUCCCUCGGAAGUGAGCGGCUGUAGCUAUUCUUUGAAAUCGUAUCAGUCUUGUCCAGCUUUUCCAUCUUUUUUCCUUGUGAUUCAUUAUUAGCUUUCUGGAGCUUCUAUCGUAGCAGUAACCUGUUAUCUUGAGAUUUACGUAAAAUCUUCGACUAGAAGGUCAUACUGCGCAUGUAAAGAAUACCACUUAAGGUAUCUUAGCAACCAACAAAUGAUGGUCAACAUGCGUUUCCGAAAUGACACGAUCUAGCAAACCACCAUAGCGAAUUUAAGUGGCCGUUUUGAGUGUCAGCCCUUUGUUCGUCAAAGCAUAUAUUAGUGGAUUGUGAGUGUCGUGUAUAAGGAGAGCUGCGCUAUUCGGUGUUGGAAAGUGCAUGUAACGAAUUAAAAAUAAGUGAGUAGUGCUGAGUGAUUCCGAAGGGGAGUUCAGCAAAUGAUUUGCUGAAAUAAAAUUCGGCGACUUCAGCCAAAAUGAGGGUUUACUUUCCGACAUAGAUAAACAACACUCAGUUGUUCGCUUGGGGUGACAUCACUCAAACUAAACAUGUUUCCAAACUUUUUUUCUUUUCUUUCAAUGUCACUUGGAGUUAACUGACUUCCGAGCUUCUCAAAUGUUUUCGAGAUGGAGACCUAAAUUUAGAAUUGGGAUUUGAGCAAAAUAACGUGUCUUGAUUACUGGCUUGAAAUCACAAAGGAAUACUUUGUAUGAAUUGUGUCAAAGUGUUAAUUCUCCAUAGUAAUUGAUUCUUUUACACAACACUCGGUAAACAUAAUGGCCCAUUUUCAGCAUUUUAAUAUUGUUUCAGUGACAGCUUUCAAUGAAGUAAUAAGGUGGUUUAGUUCUAAAAGAGAAUUCCUCAUUUAUGUUAAUCUCAAGGCUUCGCACACUUCUGAGAAUAAUUUGAUUGACGUUUUUGCAAACAUUAGGCGCUAGUUGACUUGUUUUCCGAUAAAAUUUGAUUUCCCAAGACGGUUUUUCUUUGUUUUUUUUCUUCGUCUCUAAAUUGAUAUGUAUUUUUUUAUAUGUACAUUUAGUGUUUGACCAGGAAAAAAAUUAUGUCGGCAUGGAUUCCGUAACUUCCCAUCAAGAAUCUGGUAUAUUAGAUUUCUUUUUUCCCUCUGAGUUGGUGUAAAGAAUAAAAGCACAAUUACUUGAGAAUUUUUGGUUUCGUGGUGCAUGUGUUCUUCCAUCAGCUGUAGGAUUUACGUUGUUAGCAAACAUGUUGUUACUGAGUCGAUUGGGCCGAAAGCGGUUGUGCUGGCUUGGAUUUCGUGUGAUAUUGUUGAGUUCCAUUUUUCUGUCGAUCGGGGUUUUCGUCUCAAAUGUUGUGAUGAAUAAGCGUCCCAGCAUAAUCCAACAGAGUCAAGAUGCGUUCAAGUUAAGAGAAAAGCUGAAAGUAAAGGCUCCAAAAUUUUAUGAAGAAAACGAACGGCCGUUGACUACAGGAGGGGCUAACAAGAAGCGACUAAACCUGAUUAUUGUGGCGCAUGGACGGUCAGGAUCAACUUUUCUUGGUAAUAUUUUCAACCAUCACCCAUCAGUGUUUUAUCUGUUUGAACCUUACCAAACAGUAGAACGAAUCGUCAGAGCCCAGGCACCUUUCAACCAACAUUACCAGGAAACGGCCUUUCGAUGGAUGCAAGGCGUUUUUCAAUGUGAUUUUGUAUCAGCCGCGCACGUGGAUGACUUACAAUCGUAUUAUCGAAAAAAGUACCCAGAAAACUACAACCCAAUGAAGAGUCUUGUGUUACUUUCCCCACCGUUCUGCCGCUACAACGCAACCGAUCCAAGAUGGACUUUGGACAGCUGUCCUCCACUCGAUCAGCAAACGAUGGAAGAAGAGUGUAAGAACAAGUACAGAAUAACGGUUGCUAAAGUGUUAAUAUCGAGGAUGCCUGAACAAAAUUUAAAGCAGUUGUUAUCUAUUUGCGAUACUUCGGAUCAAUUUGACUGUAAACUCCUUUUCUUAGUUCGUGAUCCGAGAGGUAUUAUCCCUUCUUCGAAAGCUGUCGGAUUUUACGGAGACAAAGAUGGAACCGCUUUGAAUGGAACAGAGCAGUUUAGCCAGAGUAUUUGCGGUUUGACAGAGGCCAAUUUGAAAAUCAUCCGAUCCUUGCGAUCUCCAGAGAAAUCGCAAUUUAUGUUACUGCGUUACGAAGAUUUAGCAGCGAAUCCUUUGAAAACUUUGCCAAGUUUGCUUAAGUUUGCUGGGCUUCCAAUGGACGAGAGUAUGUCAAACUGGCUGUACCUAGCAUCCCAUUUGCCUGAAACUGAAAGCGAACGAAAAGCCGCACGGUGGAGACAAGAUUCCCAGGAGGGAGCUGAAAGAUGGCGCUGGAAAGUCAAACCUGGAACCAUCGCUGUUAUUGAGCAGCAGUGCAAGCACGUGAUGAACAUACUGGGGUAUAAACCAGUGAAUGGAUCACGGAAAAUUCAAACCAAUCUUACAGUUAGCCUGUUAAAAGACAACUACGAGGCGUUGCAAUGGUUUAAUGACUAAUGUUUAAGUCGGCAAGCCCUAAGUUUAGCUUUAACUAAAACAUUUCAUUUGAAAAAGUGUACCUGAGAUUUGGAAGCAGUUUUCAACGAGGGUUAGUUGGGGGUGCAUCUUUUGGAAGCUCGUGGUAAUCGCAACGCAAAGUAACCUGUACUAUUAAACUAAACAGUUGCUUCCAUGUAGCUGAGAAAAAUUCAAAUUUAUACAGCUAAACCAGAUUCCUAACCUCACCCUCCCUGUUCUAACUACUUUGUUGUUACACGUGUUAAAUAUUCCCUUCACAACACCUCUGAUUACCUUAGGGGCUGUUUCACGGCUAUGACGAUGCACUGUUUAAAUAUAUUGUUUACGAAAAAAUCGAAAAUCAGCUGCUGACUCUUGAGGGAAAUUUUAUAUUAAGAAAUGUUACAGUCGGUCGUGAAAAAUCGGCGAUAGAGGUGAAAUUUUGCCAUUUGCAUGCUGAAGACUGAAUUCGACAGUUUCUCAGUUAAUCUGUCAAGAGCUUCUAUUCCGUUAAAUUUGGGCAUCAGUCAUUCUGCUUCCACAAAUGAAAGUCUGCGAUUCCUUGAUGCAUAUAACUUGCACAUGCGCCACAGCGUGAAACCGCUAUUACUACUCAUCACCGUUGAUUCAGAGAACGACCAAUAAGACUUAAAUACUCAGAAGUUAUUCGCCUGGUUUCCAAGGCUACUCACGUUGAGCUUGAACAAAUGAGACCAUUCUUCGGAGGCAGAAGAUGGAAUUAAACCUUUAAAUAAAACAGGUUAUUUGGCUAAAAUAUUACUUGUCACACCUCGCUUAAUUUUGGUCAAGUAACACAAAGUGCAAUUUAUGUCUGCAACAUAAAGUACCAGGCGUUAUAUCCGCCCCCCUAUCGGGUCCAGUCUUCGUUCCUCUCCCUCCCUCCCUCUCCCUUUCAUAAGCCAAGCGGUAAUCAAUUUCUUCCAAGUCUACUUACGAGUCAUUUAACAACAAUAAAAGAAUACAUUAGCUGUUAAGAGUACAAUGUGCGAAUCUUACACUUGCGCCAAGCAACACUGGUGUAAAAGCAAGAUGGAAUAAAAUUAACUUUAAGGUAAUUUAAAGUGCUGG